AUAUUUUUUGUGGUAUUUUAUUUUUGCAUAAUUUACGGGGUUUUUUUGAACAGGCACUGUCUAAAGUACCUAAAAUGACAUCUAAGGCCCCCUAUCAGGCGGUGCUUUUCAAAAUUUCCAAACAAACAGAUCUCUUGUUUAUCCAUGACUGUGUAAACAUUAAGCUAGGUGGAUUUUUUUUUUCAAAACAAUUUUAUUUGUAGCUUUUGGAUAAUGGAACCCGACCCAAAGCCGAAUUGGAAUUCGGACGCAAAAUCGGUGGAAGUUUCCAAACUGCCUUCGAUCGAGGAUUUUGCUGUUUUGAAGCCCAUUAGCCGCGGUGCUUUCGGGAAGGUCUACCUCGCUCGAAAGAAGAGCAAUGCGCGCCUGUAUGCCAUCAAGGUGAUGAAGAAGGCAGACAUGGUGGACAAAAACAUGACGAACCAAAUGAAGGCGGAGAGAGACGCUCUGGCUCUGAGUAAAAGUCCUUUCGUGGUUCAUCUGUUUUACUCUCUAUAUUCAUCCACCAAGAUUUAUCUGGUGAUGGAGUAUCUCAUCGGAGGGGACGUCAAAUCCCUCCUUCAUAUUUAUGGCUACUUUGACCAAGACAUGGCAGUAAAAUACAUCUCCGAGGUCGCUCUGGCUUUAGAUUACCUGCAUCGGCACGGGAUAAUCCACAGAGACCUGAAGCCUGACAACAUGCUGAUUUCCAACGAAGGUCACAUCAAGCUGACAGACUUUGGUCUCUCUAAAGUCAAGCUGGACCGAGAGCUGAGUCAGAAGGACAUCCUCACCACUCCGUCUUUGGCCAAACCCAAGAAGGAUUAUUUCCGCACGCCGGGUCAAGUCCAGUCUUUGAUCAGCUCCCUGGGAUUUAGCACACCGUUAGUGGGAGAGCGGCGCCGCUCCAGCACGUCGGCUGUGAGCAGCCCCACGUCCUGUGGCAGAACCAAGCAGAAGAAAGUUUCUCUGGAUUCUCCUUUGGUGAUGGAAGCGGAUCAUCUGGAAUCUCCAGCGAGUCACAUCAGCAAACUAAGACCUAAAAGCAGUGUGUUUAGUUCUCAUAAUCUGGCUAAAAAUCUGACCCCCACGUUGCUGAAGACCAGGAAGAGGUUUGAAACAAUGAGUGCGGGCAGCUCCACCGACACCGACGGCGCCAUCAGCCCGUUAUGGGAGCACGAGGAGAAAGAGAACCAAUGCUUGAGCAGGAGGCAGCCUGAAAGGCACAAACAGGGAUUUGCACCCACACCCCUGAGUGUAUUGGACGUCUCUGGGAAGGCCUGGAAAACGUCCGAUCGGGAUCCUCUUUCUGACUCCCAAAGCAGCAAAAUCCAGCUGGUCUCUGCAGCUCAAGGGGACGUUUGCUUGUCGAUGAGCGGCGACUGUCGGCCUGCAGUUCCCUCGUCCGUCAAGAGGAAAUUCUGCGAGGUGGAAACCAGUCCCGAGCCUAAAGAGACCAGAGCCAAGAAGAGAGCCACGGACCACAAGGGAUCCUCCAAGUCUUCAGAGGAGCCCGGCAGGAACCAUAGCGGCCUGACCGGAACCUUUUCCACCAUCGAGAUCGGUGCUUUAGCGGACCGACCGCUCCCAAGGCGCUCCAGCCCCGCCCACGUGGCCAAAAGUCUGCUCAGCGAGCUGGAGGACACGUUUGAAGAAGGAAACAAAGGCAUGACUCAUUCAAGCUUCGCAUCACCACAACCAGAGAACAGGGAGGUCUGCAGGAGCUUGAGUCUGGACUCUGACGGCUCCAUGCACGAAACCUCCCUCAUCAUGGAGAGCCAAGCGGCUCCUCCAGACCGGAGAUCGUCUGAGGAGCUGGAGGAGAGCAAAACCUCUCCACAGACUCCUGUUGUCACAAUUCAACGCCUCCAACAGCAGACGGACUCCCGGUGCUCCGUCGGCAGCCGGCCCUCGGACCUCGCCUACAGCGUGUUGCAGUCCCCGUCCUUCCUGAAGCCUCAGAACGUGGUGGCGUUCCGCAGCUACUGCAGCUCCAUCAACCGCUCCAACGUGUCCGGGGUCUCCAGGUUCAGCCUGGGAUCGGUGGAGAACAUGGACAUGUCCGCCUCGACGUCGUACCACGCCUCCGCGGUGACGCCGGUGCAGAGAAGGCCGUACUCCAGCAGCCCCGCCCUUCAGACUCCUCGCCCCAUGUCCACGUCCCACACCCCCUUCAGGACUCCCAAGAGCGUCCGGCGAGGGGGGGCGCCAGCUGAAGGCGCGCCCAUCCUAGGAACCCCGGAUUAUUUGGCUCCAGAGCUGCUUUUGGGGAAACCUCACGACUGCAUGGUGGACUGGUGGGCGCUGGGCGUGUGUCUGUUCGAGUUCCUCACCGGCGUGCCGCCUUUCAACGACGAAACGCCUCAGCUGGUCUUCCAGAAUAUUCUGAACAGAGACAUCCCCUGGCCUGAAGGAGAAGAGGAGCUGUCGGCAAACUCCAGAAACGCUAUUGAAAUCCUCCUGACCAUGGACAUGACGAGGAGAGCCACUCUGAAGGACCUGGAGACCCAUCCUCUGUUCGCCGGCCUGGACUGGGCCAACCUUCAGAACCAGGAGAUGCCGUUCAUCCCUCAGCCGGAGGACGAAACCGACACUUCGUACUUCGAGGCGAGGAACAGCGCUCAGCACAUCGCCGUGUCCGGCUUCAGUCUGUAGAGGAGUUCUGCGCAGACGUAUUUAAAAAAUGUCAAUGGAGUUGUGUGCAAUCAUGGGUCAUGAGUGUCUGCAGCUUAUGGGUCAAUACUGUAAAAAUGUCUUUACUGUUGAGCUUCGUUCCUCUAAACUUAAAGCUAAUUCAUUCUUUUCGCUGCUGGUUUUGGCUUUUUGUGAUCAUACUGAUCUGCUGUUAGCGGACCGGGUGGGCGGGGCUUCCUGAAUCUAUGUUCCACUACUGUUUAAUUAAAACGUAAUAUAUUUGUGAUUUUUAUGUGUAAAUGUUAAUAUUUCUGCUUUGAGACUUUAAAACUUUAUGUUCUAACGUUUAUGAUGUUUUUAUGUGUUUUGUAAAAUUUUUUUCCUUUUCCUUUCAAACCAAAUGUAAA